AUGAGCAAAGCAAAGGGUAAAGCCAAUGAACUAUCCACGAGGAAGCCAUGGCUACGCCUCUUAGCUCUCGAUGGAGUCGGAGUUCGCGGCCUUUCAUCACUCAUGGUUUUCCAGCACCUCAUGGAAACCCUCAAUCCUGAUGCCCCGCCGAAGCCUUGCGACCAUUUCCAUAUGAUAGGAGGCACAAGCACAGGAGGGCUCAUUGCCAUAAUGCUUGGCCGGUUGAGAAUGACAGUAGGCGAUUGCAUCACAGCAUAUACACAACUUUCUAGCGAUGUUUUCAAGAAGAGGAGACAUCGAGUAAACCGUCGGGGAAACAUUCAAGGCCGGUUCGAUUCUAGAGAGCUGGAGAAAGCCGUGAAGAAAAUAUUAGCCCAGCAAGGCUUUGGCGAAGAUACGCUGCUCAAAGACGAAGCCGACGCUCCCUGCAAAGUUUUCGUCUGUACAAGGAGUACCAGUGCCGACAAGGUAUGUCUUACGAGUUAUCGAUCUCCGCGAGGGGGCAGCCAUCUACUUGACUCGGUUAAAAUAUGGGAGGCUUGUCGGGCUACUUCUGCUGCGCCGUCUUUCUUUGAUCCGAUUACUAUUGGGCCAUUCGGAGAAGAGUUCAUCGACGGAGCACUAGGAGAAAAUAACCCUAUCUACUCUGUGUGGAAUCAGGCUCAAGAUAUCUGGAGUGAUGGGCCAUUGCAAGACAAGAUCCUGUGUCUAAUAUCUAUCGGCACGGGAGUUCCAAGCCUUAAGCCAUUUCAAGAUGGCGUGCUUGAUAUGGGGAAGGCCUUAGUUGCACUGUCCACCGAGAGCGAAGAGACUGCAGAGCGAUUUCAUCAAGAUAAGGCAAGCCUUUAUGAUAAUGGCCACUACUACCGUUUCAAUGUCAUACGGGGACUAGAAGCUAUUGGUUUGCAAGAAUCGGAGAGAAGAAAAGAAAUCGCCGCAGCUACACUACGAUAUAUCACGUCUCAGGCAGUGUUCAGCCAAGUCAAAAAUGUCCUUGGAGCAGUGAACCGCGCAGCUGAUAUGCUACGUGAAUGUCAACGAUAUGCUGCUAAAGCGAGGAUUCCUAUUCUGUUUAUUACAUCCCUCAGUACUGAAUGUUCAGCAAUUCGUCUAGGGCUCAUCCAGAUCAAGAAAGUCAUCUCUAAAGUAGAAACUGCUUCACUCGAAGAGAUCUUUCAAGAGGAUGUCCUAGAAGAAUACAAUGCUGUUCUUGAGAGCUGUCAUCUUACAUUCUAUAUUCUCAACAAACACAUGAGUGCUAUGAAACUCCACACAACUCCAGAUGCAGACAGGUCUACUUUGAAAGCGAAGCUACAGGCUUUAUCGAAGAAUCCUCAGAUGGACGAAGUUAGCCAGGCUAUUAUGGGAUUAGCUCGUGGAGUGCGUAUAUUGUGCACUGCAUUUGAGUAUGAAAAUGUUUCACGGGCAACAGAAAUCCUGAGUAGUCCUAAGACGAAAAGACUCGUGGACAAAAUUUCUAGCGACUCAGUGUCUCUCCAGGAUUCUUUCCACGGAGAAAUUGACAGAAAUGCAACAGAUUCCCGAGAACUCGAGUAUGACGAGCAGGCUUGUGGGAUCGAUGACCUCCUCAUCAACACAACUCUAUAUCGAAGGGCGUUCAUCCGAAACUUGAUUAAAUCUCAGCACGACGAAAUUCAUGCGCACCCAAUUCCGGAAACAUUGGAGGCAUCUGACUAUCAACAACUAAGUGACGUUGCUUCCGAGUCUGCUAUUAUUGGCAUGCAGACAAAAGGAAAACUACUGGAAGGACCAAAAUUACCGCCGGAGCUCCAUCUACCUAAUUUAGGUGCUCGAGAGGUCGACGCCGAUUCUACUAAGCAGCUAAUUCCAGUAGCAUCGAACGAAUCUUUUGAGGUACGGACGGGGCAAAUAUCGAAUCAUCGAGAUAGUACUACUUCUGCAAUUCAAUCAUCUACUGGUACAGCCCCUAUGUACAAUAACAGUGAGGUUCUCGACGGUAACUCUCAUUCAACUACUGGAGAAUCGAGUGAAGAUUUAGAACGUUUAACUUCAUUUAUUCGAGAAACAUGCUCAGAUACAGUCAUUACUCACAGGUCCAAGGAUAGAUAUUCACAGCCAGCUUCCGUACGUCAAAGUCGUUUAGGGGCUGAGUAUAAGUUAGAGUUUAACCCGAUGGUUUCGGGACGGUUGCCGACAUUGUACGAAAUCCUCAGCAGACCUACCAAGAGGCCGUAUACGCUAUUUGAAUUCUACCUGUAUAUGAGGGAUAUACAAAGAUCUGCAGAUUACUUAGACUUUUGGCUUGACAUCGUACAGCAUACUUCUCUCUGUCGAGAUUACGUACGUGAACUGCGCGUAACGAUCAUACCAGACACGGAUUCGCUUCCAGCAUUACCAUCCAGCUCAGAGAAAUAUGAAGGAGAGCUAAUUAUAUCGAGAGAACACAUUCGCUCAAGUGCAGAAAGGAUCAUGUACACCUUCAUACUUUCAGGCGCGGAAAGGCAAAUACUACUUCCAGAAUCUAUCCAACGGGACAUUGUGACCCAAAUAGAGGAGUUUGGAAGAGACGAUCCCGAAGUGUUCGAUAUGGCAAAAGAUCAUGUCUUUCAAGCAAUAGAACGUGACGCCUACCCCAGAUUCUUGAAUCUUAGCCAGCGACCUUUCAGGAUGUUCAGAGGGUCGCAUGCGAUAGGUUCUUGGAUCAAUAGGGUUUCGCUGCGCGGGAUAUCUCGUACAGAGCCCAACCCUUCGACAACUGGUAUGCAGCGCAUACCACCUCACGAACUAUUUGCUAGUCUGUCAGGAGAAAGACCAGGUGCGCCGCAUAUCUAG